UACCGGGAAAAGGAGUUUUCAGUUAUCAAUUAGCUCUCUAUCUCUCUCUCUCUCUCUAUGGGACUUUGUGUAUGGUUUUUUUUCUUUUCAGUUUCCUUCACGGUUUCCUGAGAAAGACUUUUUCACCAUUUUGGGUUCCUCCUGAGACUGAGAUGAGAUCUAGGCACUGGCUCAGCUUGUGGGUUAGCUCUCUCAUGAAGUCUCUGAAUAAUUGCUAAUUUUUUGUUUAUCAAAUUCUUCCAACAGCAGAGAAUAAAGUGGCAUUAUCUGUGGAGAUCAGUGAGAGCAUCUGUACGAUUUUCUGUUCUGCCUUCUAAUUUUAUGAAACUGCAAAUUUCAGUGAUUGUGAGGAGGUGGAAUUCUAAAUCAAUUAGGUGCUCUUCUUGCUGGCCACUCUAGUCUGAAUUUGCCAUUUUGAUUGAAAGAUCUGGUUUUCAACAAGAUGAUGGUUUUUGGUGAUUCUGUAAAAUGGGCUUAACAGGGAGGAAGAGUUUCAAAGCUUGAUGUCCAGAAAUCAAAAUCUGCCUUGGGAAAGACUGAAUUGAGUGCGAAGUGAGGAGCUGGAAACCAGAGGGAGAGAAGAAAUCUAAAAAACCCAACAGGUGGGUCCCUCAGAAGGCUGAGGGAUGGAUAUGGGUGGGCAGGGGGAAGAUGCCUUACAAGAUCAAGGCUCUUCUUGCAAUUGGAUGCCAACAACUCCUUAUAGGCCUAUUCUGCCAAAACCACAGCCAGAAAUUUUGAUGGCCUCAGAGACAUUGAGAUUUGGUGUAGAAGAAACUCAAGAGAACAGAGUACUUAUAAACUUCGGCUCGCUGGAUCGCGAGAAAGAGAGUAGAUUUGUUUACCAUGGAGCUGGAGCUGGAGCUUGUACUUCAGCAGAGUCUCACUUUGACCAUAUGGCUCCGUGGAAAGGAAUUCCUUGUCAAGAGCUCCUCGCCCUCGCGAAUGUCGCUGCUGGGAACCCCUUGCUGCAAGAGGAUGGGAAUGGUGAUGGUUGUGCAGUGCUGGGAGAAAUUCAGCAUGAAUUCUCUUUUGCUGACCAACAUCCUCCUUGUGAUCUGAACUUUCCACCUGUGACUACAUAUGGCCAAUUUGCACCCAUAACACCAGAUAAGUCCACAAGAGUAGACAGAGAACCAAUGUCUCAAACACCAAACCCCAAUGCAGAUGAUGGAAGAGGCCAGGAAAUAGAGGAGCAAUGGGAUGCAAAUUCUGCAACAAUCAACAUCCAUGAGCUGGAUAACAACAAAGAUCUAGCAAAAGCUUCUCCUGAUUCACUGCAUGCUACUCUUUCCACAGAGCUCCAGGAGAAUGACAACUCUGACAAGGGAGUAAACAACAUUAUUGACUUGAACAAGACACCACAACUAAAACAAAGAAGGAGAAAGCACAGGCCCAAGGUAAUUAGAGAAGGCAAGCCAAAAAGAACCCCAAGGCCUCCUGGUUCUAAGGAAAAUCCAACGGUCAAAAGAAAGUAUGUGCGGAAGAAUGCACUCAACGAAAAUAAAACUCCACCAUCAACGGAAUUUAGGGAGCAUACUGAUUCAAAUAAACUGAAGUCUACGAAAAGAUCGUGCAGAAGGGCCUUAAACUUUGAAAUAGAAGAACCAGGAGAUGGAAGUUCCUCAUGCAGGUCUUUGAAUAUGGAUUUACAAUCACAUGAGCUGAAUUCUUGCAGCAAUGGAGUUGAAUUGGUAGCAGAUAACACCCAAGUAGGCAUAGCCCAUGAUCUAGUCAGUUCUACAAACCAAAUCCUGAAAGAUUAUUUGUCACUGCCUGAACAACCCCCAAGCACAGCACCUUCCACCAGAAAUAGUUCCAUACAAUAUACAGAUUCCCAAAAGGAGGAUACCACAAAAGGAAGAGGACAAAUGAGCACUGAUAUUGGAGAGGUAAACAAUGCACAAAUCAUGUUGAAUUGUGACACUCAAUCAUCCCAACAAAGUCCACAUGAAGAACAAGCAAAGGGAACCAAGAGAAGAUAUUCUAAUGCUGCUGCGCAAGCAGAUCCAAGGGCCAGAAAUUUAAUUGGGGCUAACUAUAAUAAUUUUCAGGCAUACUACAAUCUGAUGUCGUGGGUGCAUUUUCCGUACAUAUACAAGAAGAAGAGGACUGACAAGGCACACAAUUCUACCAUACCAAGCACCUCUUAUCGUGUGAAUAUGGCAGAAAACAUUUGGAGACCAUCAACAUCUAGCUGCUUAACUUCUGGUCCUCAAUAUAAUGCUAGUAAUGUUUCACCUACACUUAGAGAAGCAGGGAAAAGCCCUCAAGAUAAACUGCAAGCUUUUGAGAAUAUUCUACCUUUGUAUCAUACCGAGAGGUCAACAAAGAGAAGAUCUAGAGGUCCUACAAGGGUUCGUGACUUGGCUUCACUGACUAGGACACCAGAGCACAUUUUGCACAGAGCCUAUCUCACCAAACAACCACCAAGUGAUUGUAAUGGGCAAAGAGUUAAUCACUAUGACAGAACUCAGACAUGCAUUGAUGCCCUAGUCACAGACGUGGGUGCAACACUUGCAAAAAAGAAGAGGACAAAGAGGCAUCCACUUUCCACUUCGCAACGAAGUCUUGUAAUAUAUAAGAACCAACCAUUUUUCGCCACAGCAUCAGGUGUUCCUCCAGAAGUAACAUUCGAACAACUGCUUUCUGCUAUCACUGAGCACUUCAAAUGUUUGGACAUACGAAGAGAAAGUAGCAGAUUUUCCUAUCAAGGGUAUAAUGUCAUCUCUUCCUAUCAGACACAAAAUCAAGAGCCCAACGCACUGGUUCUUUAUAGAAGAGAUGGCACUGUUGUACCAUUUGACGGUUCUUUUGAUCCAACUAAGAAACGUCGAGCACGACCUAAAGUUGACCUUGAUCAAGAGACUGAUAGAGUAUGGAAGCUUUUGAUGGAUAAUAUAAAUAGUGAAGGUAUUGACGGAACAGAUGAAGAGAAAGCAAGAUGGUGGGAAGAAGAGCGUAGAGUGUUCCAUGGACGUGCAGACUCUUUCAUCGCACGAAUGCAUCUUGUGCAAGGGGAUAGACGCUUCUCUCCAUGGAAGGGUUCAGUUGUGGAUUCCGUGGUUGGAGUUUUCCUUACUCAAAAUGUCUCAGAUCAUCUGUCUAGCUCUGCAUUCAUGUCACUCGCUGCACAUUUUCCCCUGAAGUCAAGGAGGAAUGAGGAUGCAUGCCAUGAAGAGGUUGGAAGCUUAGUAGUAGAUGAACCAGCAGUCUGCCUUAGUGAGAAUUCAAACCAGCCAGCUUGUGACUGCAGUUCCAUAACAUUCCAUGGUACUGAGCAUAGUGAAAAAAAUGUUAACGGAAAUGAGAACUCUGGAAGCACUACUGAGGGAGUUAUCUCAACAACUGAAUCAGAAUGCAAGCUAUUACAUUCAUCUGAACCUAGUCUAGUGAACAGGUCAACAACCAAGAUCACAAGAACAGUAUCUCAUUGUUCCUUAGAGGAGGAUAUGAGAACAACAUACGAUGUAGCUUCAUCUCAAAAUUCUGUGGAUUCAUCAACUUCUCAGACUGUGGAAAAAGCUGGAUCAUGCGAGAGCAACUCAGAAACAGAGGAUCCACCUAAUGGAUGUGAAAAGAGCAGCUUGGAUCACUCCACUUCGUUUGUAGAGCUUUUACAGAAGGCCGAAUCAACUAGGGUGCAUCAAGUUUACAGUCUCAAGAGCAGCUACAUGUCAUCUCAUCUCACUUCAAACUGUGAAGGUUACCAACCUACAUGUAUGCAGCAUACGGACCAAAGACAUAAUAUAAACCGACAAGCAGCAUCCCUAGCUGAGUGCUUUGAUUUGUUCAGAGAAAUAACCGAAUCUUCUAAUACUUCAAAAAACAAAUAUGAAGACAGCCUUAGCGAAAGGAGUGCAGUAACAGCAGAAUCUGCCAGUCAAGAUACAGUACAUAAUGAGCUGAGAGUGAAUGUUCAAGAAGCACCAAGCUGUUCUAGAAAACCGUGCAAUAACAUUCAGAUAGGCAAUAACAUGGCCCAGUCUCAAAUUGGGGUGGUUGGGAACUCAAAUAAUGUUGAUAUAUUUGCUCAGGAGCAAAACAUUAAGAUGCAUCAAAGUUGCUUGAACAUUUCUGGAGAGACCAUGGAUGUUAUGCAGAAAGUAGCAGAGUCAGAUUUAAAUGAGCAGGGUCAUUCAAUAAACAAGGAGGUCAGUAAGACGAAAGCUGCUACCUCAAAAACAAAGAGCACAAGAGCUGGAAAAGAGAAAAAAGAUCAGCUUGAUUGGGACAAAUUAAGGAAACAAGCAGAAUCAAAUGGAAGGAAAAGGGAAAAAAAAGCAAACACAAUGGAUUCGUUGGAUUGGGAAGCUGUAAGAUGUGCAGAUGUUAGUGAGAUUGCCCAAACCAUCAAAGAGCGAGGGAUGAAUAAUAUGCUUGCAGAAAGAAUCAAGGAUUUCCUUAACCGACUGGUCAGAGAACACGGUAGUGUUGAUCUUGAAUGGUUGAGGGAUGUUCCACCUGAUCAAGCAAAAGAGUUUUUGCUGAGCUUUCGCGGACUGGGGCUGAAAAGUGUGGAGUGUGUGCGGCUUUUGACACUGCACCAUCUUGCUUUUCCGGUGGACACAAAUGUUGGACGUAUAGCUGUGCGGCUUGGAUGGGUACCCCUACAACCAUUGCCUGAGUCACUGCAAUUGCAUCUUCUCGAACUGUACCCAGUGCUGGAAUCCAUUCAAAAAUAUUUGUGGCCACGACUGUGCAAGCUUGACCAAAGAACAUUGUAUGAGCUGCAUUACCAGAUGAUAACAUUUGGGAAGGUCUUCUGCACAAAAAGCAAACCAAAUUGCAAUGCAUGUCCAAUGAGAGGAGAAUGUAGGCAUUUUGCAAGUGCAUUUGCAAGUGCAAGGCUUGCUCUUCCAGGGCCAGAGGAGAAGAGCAUAGUGAGUGCAACUGAAGCCAGAACUACCUAUACAAACCCUACUGAGAUGAAUAAUAGAAUGCCCUUGCCUCUCCCUCAGGCAACAAAACAGUUGGAUGGAUACCAGCAAUUGGAAGCAAGCCAAGAAUCAGAAGCAAAAUCUGAAUUUGGUAGAUGUGAACCUAUCAUUGAAGAACCAGCAACACCAGAGCCAGACUGCACUCAGAUAGUGGAGGACAUUGAAGACUUCUAUGAUGAUCCUGACGAAAUUCCUACAAUUAAACUUAACAUGGAAGAGUUCACUCAGAAUUUACAAAACUAUAUGCAAGAAAACAUGGAACUCCAAGACGGUGAAAUGUCAAAAGCUUUAGUUUCUCUCACACCAGAAGCUGCAUCUAUUCCAACACCCAAGCUAAAGAACGUGAGCCGACUACGAACUGAACACCAAGUCUAUGAACUUCCCGACACACACCCUCUUCUAGAACUGUUGCAGUUGGAUAAGCGAGAACCAGAUGAUCCCUGCAAUUACUUGUUGGCUAUUUGGACACCAGGUGAAACUCCAAAUUCAAUUCAACCACCAGAGAAGAGGUGUAGUUCUCAAGAACUCGGAAAAUUGUGUGACGAUAAGGAAUGUUUCUCAUGCAACAGUGAACGGGAAGCAAAUUCGCAAACAGUCCGAGGAACUCUCUUGAUACCAUGUCGGACAGCAAUGAGAGGGAGCUUUCCACUUAAUGGCACAUACUUUCAAGUUAACGAGGUAUUCGCUGACCAUGAUUCGAGCCUUAACCCGCUUGAUGUUCCAAGAUCUUGGCUGUGGAAGCUAAAUCGGAGAACGGUGUACUUCGGAACCUCUAUACCAACGAUAUUUAAAGGGUUAUCAACACCAGAAAUUCAGCAAUGCUUUUGGAGAGGAUUUGUCUGCGUGAGGGGAUUUGACCAAAAAACACGAGGGCCACGUCCAUUAAUGGCCAGACUGCACUUCCCAGCCAGCAAGUUGUCCAGAACAAAAGAUAAGAGAGAUGAGUAGCCACCGAGAAGUUUCAAUGCAUGUCUAAAGAGCAAGACAAAGCCCACAUUGAGUGGCACAACAUUAAACAUUUGUAAAUUGGCUCGUGGAGCAAAAAGUGAGGUUCUAAUUUAGUUGUUUGCUCACAUGACUGAGAGGGCAAUUAGCCAUUUGUGUAAAAACGGCGAGCAUAACCAAAAGAUGUCAUACAGUUUAAUACACUAGCUAGUUUCUUGAGCAAA